AUGGCCGCUCACCCGGCUGGGCAUCCUCCCGCGCUACUCGCGGCCCAAGUCGAUCUCGACUGCCCUGCUGGUGUCGCCGCCUCAAAACCCACCAUCACGCUCACGCCCCGCGAGGAGCAACUCAAAGACCUCCUCCUCUUAGCCGCCAAGUUCAUCGACGACCACGACCUCAAACACCCCCCCUCUGGCGGUAACCCGGCUGAACCCCCGCCACCGCGGCGUGACCCCCUGGUUCUGCGCUGGGCCGGCGGCUGGGUGCGCGACAAGCUGCUCGGCAUCGCAUCGCACGACAUCGACACGGCCAUCAACGCCAUGACGGGCGAGGCCUUUGUCGACCGCCUGCGCGACUACUGCGACGUGACCGAGCAUCGCGCGCGGCACGCGCUGGCGCCCGAGGACGUCGGGCGGCUGCACACGGUGCCGCGCAACCCGGACAAGUCGAAGCACCUAGCCACGAGCACCAUCAAGCUGUGCGGGCUGGAUGUGGAUUUUGUGAACUUGCGGCGGGAGACGUAUACCGAAGAGAGCAGGAACCCUGUUGUGGAGUUUGGGACAGCGGAGGAGGAUGCGCUGAGGCGGGAUGCGAGUGUCAAUGCACUGUUUUAUAACCUGGGCACGGGAGAGGUAGAGGACUUUGUGGGGGGAUUGGAAGAUCUGAAGGGGGGAUUGAUUCGGACGCCGAUGGAGCCUUUGCAGACCUUCCUGGAUGAUCCGUUGAGAGUGUUGAGGUUGGUCAGGUUUGCGAGUCGGUUGGGGUUCAGGAUUGAUAAGCAGGCCGAGGAGGUCAUGGGGGAUGAGAGGGUGUUGGGGAAUUUGAGAGUCAAGAUCUCGAGGGAGAGGAUCGGGGUCGAGCUGGAGAAAAUGAUGAGGGGCAAACGCCCUGCCGAGGCUCUUCGGCUGAUUGAUAGGCUCGGGCUCUACCACGCCGUGUUCACGGAUCCUGAGCGAGCCGAUAUGCCGAGGCCGGAUACGGCGAGCUGGAAGGCCGGCUACGAAUGCCUGGAGCUGCUCGAGUCCACCAAGACGCCCGGCUCCAUCUACGACUUGCUUGUCACAAGCGAGGAAGCACGGUAUUACGCAUGGUCGCUGGCAACCCUCAUACCCUGGGAACAGCUGCCCGAUGAUCCGCCCCUGGCGUCAGGGAAACUUGCGCUGCCGCUCCCUAUGCAGGCCGCCAGGGCGGGCUUCAAGGCGUCCAACAAGCUCUGUGAUGUGAUUACCGCCGCCCACCGUCAUCGUCCAGCCAUCGUGGAGCUGAGGGAUAUAGUCCGGGAGAAGAGGGCAGGGGUUGACGAGCGGGACCGGUUUGGUAUGACAAUCAGGGACUGGGACGCUCGUGGCGGUAACUGGCGGCUGCAGGUGCUAUUCGCCAUCCUGGUCGAGGUAGCCGAGUGCACCGUGGCGGGCAAGGAGCCAGCAAGAAGCCGAACGAAAGAGUCGGUGCUGGCCGAGUGGCAGCAGUUCUUGGACCACCUUGUGGAGAUGGACGUGAUGAAUGCGCCGACGAUCAAGCGGUUGGUAGAUGGCAAGAUGCUAGCCAACGAGCUGGGUGUCAGACCGGGGCGGUGGACGGGCGCGGCGCUCGAUGUUGCACUGGCAUGGCAGUUUAGGAAUCCAGGCGUCGAGGACCCGGCGGGCGCGAUUGAGGAGGUACGGAAGAGGAGAGAUGAGUUGGGGAUCCGCUGA